AUGAGUACCCCUCCAGGCCCAAGCCAUACUGCAUUCACGGAAUGGGCUGUGUUCAACGGCAUUAAAAUCAAUGGCAUCGCCCCAGCCCGCUUCCCAGGCCGUGGACUAGGCAUGAUUGCAACGCAGGCGAUCCGAGAAAACGAGAUCAUGCUCUCCGUCCCCGCGAACCUAAUGUUCACUAGAGACUCCAUACCGGAGUCCUUUGUAUCUUUAUUCCCGGCAGAUGCAACAAACCACGCUAUUCUCGUGGGCUUUCUAGUGCAUGGCGACUCCAAGUCUCAGCCAGGACUAGAUGUUUGGAGGAGCGUAUGGCCGAGUUGGGAGGAUUUUGAGAAGAGCAUGCCGAUUUUCUGGCCGGGGUGGUUGCGGGCGUCCAGUUCAGACAUGCAACCUCCAGCCCAAGACCGCAACGAGAACAGCCGUAACAACCCAGACUCGAAGUCAGGGCUCAAGCUGGCUCUUCUUCCACCUUCCAUCUCAGGUCUUCGGAACUCGAUGUUAGACCCUUUGAAUACGCCAGCUCCAAACUCACAAACGAACUCCGAACAGUCCUGCCCUUACGAAACGCGGUAUCAAAACCUUCUACCACGGCAGGAAAAGCGAUUAUAUGACACAUACUACUCGAUCCGGUCAGUCUUCCCAGAAACAGAUUGGAAGGCUGUCGCGUAUAAUUGGGCCAUCAUCAACUCACGGAGCUUCUACUACGUCUCGCCAGGCAAGAACGAGCCGAGUGACUGGAACGAUGCAAUUGGCAUGGUCCCCUUUGCGGAUUAUUUCAAUCAUAGAGAUGAUGCAUCGUGCGAGGUCACUUUCGACAGAGAUAGCUAUAUAUUCCGAGCUGAAAAAGGCGAAGAAAUAUACAUGAGCUACGGUCCACAUUCGAAUGACUUCCUACUGGUUGAAUACGGCUUCUACCUGGACGAUAACCCCUCAGAUAGGGUGUAUCUCGACGAUAUAAUUCUACCCAAGUUGACGAGAUCCGAGAAAAAGGAGUUGGCGGAGAGGGAAUGUUUUGGGAAUUACGAAAUCACUGCAUCUGGUGCAGACCGCAAUAGUAUGGCUGCUGCUAGUAUAAAAUAUAUGAGCCGGCAAAAGUGGCGGGAAUAUGUCGAUGGUGUUUCCGAACAAGGGUUCGACGCCAGCAGGACUGCCGGUAUAAUACGUGACUGGAUAGAGGCAUACCUGCAGGAGUGCACUACUACUAUAGCUUCUUUGGUCGAGCUGUCAAAGUCCGAGAAGGAGAAAGACACAGUUGAGCUGAUAUUGUCUCGGUGGAAGCAAAUCCAUCGCCUGUGCGAGAGGGCAGUAGAAUCAAUGGCUGCGUAG